AUGAUCCCGGGUAGCAAAUCUGCCGCGACAUAUUUCUGCUUCUUCACAGACCAGUUGACCUUGCUGACAUCUUCGAUUUCCUCCUGCGGCCUGAGCCCUGAGACCAAGGCCACGUCGUGGACGCUGCCACUGGCCAAAGAAGGAGAGCCCGCAGCGGCUGCGUUUGAGACCCUUCCCUGGCAGGUCAGCAUCCAGACCCAGGGCAAGCACUUCUGCGGAGGCGCCAUCCUCAGCAACUGGUGGAUCUUGUCUGCGGCUCACUGCUUCCAGAGAGACCUGACCUCUGGGCUCUUUGUUGUGGUCAAUCUGGAGGGGGGCACCUUGGAGGAGAGGGAGCUGGACCGGGUGCUCAUCCACCACGACUUCAAUGGCAAGACCCUCAGCAGCGACCUGGCCUUGCUCCUCUUGGACUCUCCCAUUGACUUCAGCCGAGAGACGACCCCCAUCUGCCUGCCUUUGGUGCACGACAUCAGCAUGUGGCAAGACUGCUGGGUGGCCACCUGGGCACCCAACCCUUCUCCAGACAGCAAUGAGGGACAUCCUGCAAUGAUGAUGGAGAAAACUGAUAUGAACCUGAUCGGCUCGGAAAUAUGCGCCGAGAAAAUUCCGGACCUGACUGAGAACGUGUUGUGCACCAUGUCUGAAAAGGACACUGACGGGGACUGCAAGGAUGAGAGCGGGAAUCCUUUGGUUUGCACUUACGGAAGCAACUUCAAAUGGUUUGUAGUUGGCAUUGCCAGCAAAGGAGAGGGCUGCAAAGGAGACGGGAGCCCCGCCAUCUACACCAAUGUCUUCAAAUACCUGGACUGGAUCGAAAAAGCUACGGCGACCGAAGGAAAACCCUUUAUACCCGAAGGGGUGGAUGACCUUGCUAUCCGAACAGAACUCACGGUUCGUAAUUUGGCUCCUUCUCCUCGCUUACCUUGUGCUCUCUCCAUAAUCACUCUUGUUUUAAUGUCGAUAGUUUUCAAUUUAUAAUAAAAUUCAUUUUGCGGCAGGAGUCUGGACAGUGUCUUCCACAUGCGUAAGAUCCCCUAUUGAAGUGAUAGGAUGUCGAGAAAUCCAACUCUUAAAUUUUGAAUUCUCAUCUGUGGCUCCGUUGCAAAACAUUUCCCAGACCUCUGUAUUGGCUCCCUUAUUUUUGUGUAUUAAGAUUCACCGCUGUUGGAGCUCAGCCUGUGAUUGUGUUUCAGGAUCAGAGUGCUUUGGAUGUGGGGAGUGAUGUCAAUGAGUUGCAGGAUGAGUUUCAAGAUGGCAAUGGUUUAGCCAGUGAUCUUGAUGCAGAGAAUGACCAGGAGAUCCCUGUUCAAAGUGUAGUUUCCCAUGAGAAUGUCCGCGAGGGGUGUGGGGAUGAUGGUGUGCUUUCUGAAUUGUUACCAGAGAGUUCCUGUGAUAGGGAACAUGAAAACAGCUCGGCACCUGGCCCAGCUGUAGAAAUUAAUGAGCAAAUAGAUAGACAGGAGGAGAUCAGUCAAAACAGGAGAGCCGAACAGUGGCUUCGGCGAUCUGCCAGGCUCCGAGAGAAAAAGAUAAGAAAUUCUCAGCUAAAGCGAAACCAAUUUCUGAGUGCUAGAGACAUAGCUAACGAGGAGAUAAAAGCCCCAAGUACAGUAUAUGUAGUCAGAUGAAGCAUAGUUUGGAAUCAAGU